AUCCAACCCUGGUGAACCUCCCUCUCACCCACAAAACACACACCUUCUUCAACCCAAUUGGAGACACAAUGUCGUCGAUUGUUAAACGUACCGUCGUCCGCAAUGCUUUUCGACCUGCUCCUCGUGUUUGCGUGAUCACAGCCCCUCGCCGAUUUGCAGCAGGAUCCGCAGCACCCGACGACAUACAGGCCGACAAGCAAGCGCUCAAAGACGCAGCCAGGCGCGAUCCAGAGCUCUAUGUGCUGUUUGCUGUCAUGACCGGAAUCUUCAGUCUGGCCGGAUGGCACUUUUCUCGCUCGCCCACGCACACCUCCGACGAGCGCCCUGUCGCAAAGAUCCCCGGAAGCGAGCCCUGGAAUGACCCGACCACGAAAGGCCCGUAUAAGUAUGCUCCGCACGGGCAUCUUGAAGAGGGAAGGAGGGAUGCUCCCUCAGCCUUGAACGAGGUCGUCAUUCCCAAUGUCACGCUGCCAAAGGAACUCCAUGAGAAGUACAACAAGUUCGGCAAGGACUACUAGGCUGCACACAGCAGUGCAUGUUUCAUUGCUAACUUCUUCCCUUGGUUCAAAUGCGAAUGUAGUUGGAUCUGGAUGCAUUCAUUCGCUUUGUCGCGAUGAGCUCGCCUCCUUAUACGAGCGGGAACCCUAGGGUUUCAAGCAACUACUCUAGCAGAGACAAACAGGUUCACGGUAUUGUGAGCGUUCUUUUAAAGCAGAGAACAAGCUACUCUGUCUUUUGCAACGCUAU